AAAAACAUCGAAGAAGAAUUGUGCAUGGCCUAAGCUAGAAAACUGCUGCAUUGUCCCAUUCCUGCUAAUAUUUCAGCAACCAUGUCUUCAGCUCAGCAUCUCAGAGAGUUUAUCAGAGAGAGACUAACUGCUGCUGCUCAAGAAAUCUUCACCGAGGUUGAAAAAACCAUCAUUUGCUACGAGGAAGAGCUCGAUGCUCAGCGCAGGAUGAUGGGGAUCAACUGGAAACCAGAAAUUAAGCUACACAGAGUCGGUUCGGAGCUGCAGAGACAAAGUUCUGACCUCCAACAGCCAAGUGUCUCCAAUGAGGAAGAAGCUUCUGCCAUCCAACAAGUCUGUAGCCUGGCAAGUAGGUCCAGUCAGGAUCAGAAAGAAGCAGAACAUCAGUGGACUGAAGAGGUACAGAUGGAACCAGAACCAAAAUGGAUUAAAGAAGAAGAGAACGAACCAGAACCUGCACUGCUCAAACAUGAGGAAUUGGAUUAUCCACUAACAAAUGUAAAAAACGAGGAGUUAGAUUGUUCAGUGCUUCAACAUGAACAGCAACCACCAGAACAUUUACCAAAUGGACUGGACCAGAAGAACCUCUGCAGCAGUCAGGAGGGAGAGCAGCUUGUCCAGAAGCAGUUUGCUGCUUUGAUUGAGACUUCUACUCUUCAGGAAGAUGAUAUGAAUGAAGAAGAGACAAAAACAGAGCAGCUUUCCCUUCAUAUCUCUCCAGUGGUUGAGAGCAAAGAUCAGGAAGGAAGCAGCUCCUCUGUGUCAGACAGUCAGGCUGAUACUGGCACAAAGAAAAGAUCUUUCAAAUGUGACAUUUGUGGGAGAUGUUACCCAAAACAGAGUCAUUUUUUAAACCAUUACAGAACUCACACUGGUGAGAGACCUUUUUCAUGCCAGUCUUGUGGAGAAAGUUUCUCUCGAAUUAGUGUUUUAAAUCGUCACAAGAAAACUCAUACAGGUGAGAGGCCUUUUUCAUGCCACUCUUGUGGAAGAAGAUUUACUCGAAGUAGUACUUUAAAUGACCACAAGAAAAUUCAUACUGGGGAGAGGCCUUUUUCAUGCCAGUCUUGUGGAAGAACGUUUACUCGAAGUAGUAAUUUAAAUGAACACAAGAAAAUUCAUACUGGGGAGAGGCCUUUUUCAUGCCAGUCUUGUGGAAGAACGUUUACUCGAAGUAGUACUUUAAAUGACCACAAGACAAUUCAUACAGGUGAGAAACCUUUUUCAUGCCAGUCAUGCGGAAAGAAUUUCACUCGUCUUACAAACUUAAAUCGUCACAAGAUAAGUCAUACAGGUGAGAAGGGUUUUCACGAUAAACAAUAAAUUAAUCAGCAGUACAUAAAUAUGAGCUUAAUAAUAAAAUGAUGGCUAUAAUAUUACUUCUUUGUUUUUAUCGUCUCUCCUUCUACAAAGAAACUGGAUGAGAAAAAGUUUCACUCCCGUGCCUCCUGCUAUUCCCUCCCCUCUCAUUUUAUUGGUAGCGGCUAAACACACAGGGAGCUAAAAGUGUAAAUUUUCUUCCAGUCUGGCUGAACCGAACACCUGGCACACGAUUGCGAUGAUAACAACAAAAGAUGAAAGGUUUCCAACUUUCUUGCAUAGCGUCUAUAGGUGUAUGAGCUAGAAAUGUCACAUGCAUGAAUUGUGUCUUUUGCUCAGCUGGAUGAGAGCUAGCGACUCUCUUCUCACCCCGCAAUCUCCAUAAGAGGGAGAAGCGCCGUCUCCUGUCAUCGUGUGACCAUUACUUCAGUUACCUGCUGGGCUCCUUGUCUCCUACCACACAGUGUAGCAUAAAGCCUGGUGAGGAGGAGCAAGAGGUCUGGGAGCCUCUUGGAUUCAAACUGCAGUUUAUCCAUGUUUCUUAUAGACAAAGUUACUGAUAAAGAGAAACCCUUUCAUUUGUCUUUUUCUUUUUUUCUCUUCUUUGAAAACCUGGAUGUUAUUUUCUUGACUGCAUUGUUCCAGUCAGUCGUCGUAGUCUUUGGCUGCUGCUGAACACUGUUGCCUACAAGUUCACUAAGCAGGAGCAAACCAUUUAAUACAGAUCCACAGGGCUGUUCAGUAAAUAUGGAUCUUUGCUUUUUGAUCUGGGAAUGGUAACUUUUAAUUUUUACUGCUAAAAACAAGUAAAAUAAAAAAUUAUAUUAUAGACAGAGGCAGUAAUAUUUUUUCUAUUUAUAUAAAAUUGAACCCCUGUAAAAAUUUGUGCUGAUGGGAUGUAUUAAACAACUUCACAACUGCAACAUAUGGUGAAAUUAGAUAUUUCUAACAUUUUUAACUAUUAGUCAUUGUUUAUCUGCCUUGUGAUUAUUUUUACUUGAUGAUUUGUGUAUUUAUUUUUUUUCUAAAUUGGAUGGACUACAUUUUGUCUCGUAAUAAAGAUUUAUGAAUUAAUACUAA